GCUAAAGGAUGUUGCAAACUGUUGCAGAGGUUGUCAUUUAUUUCAGGUAGAAGGUUAUAAUUUAACAUACUUAUUUCUGGAUUUCAUGCGAAAUGUACAAUGGGAGCCGAUUAGAUUCUGGAAACACAUUCUUCCUGUGUAACGUCCUGGGUAUUGUCGAUUUAGUUUGGAUAUAAACGAAAACAAAGAAAAGAUGUCUUCAGAGCAUGUGCAUUGGUUCUGUGGAAUAAACACAACAUUGGUCCAGGAAGCUGAUUUCAUCAAUAGCACGUGCAAAGUGAACGGGACCAUCGUCGCAUCUCAAUUUGCCUUCAGCAUCAUCUUUAUCAUCACACCCAUCUUCCUGAAAUGCUUCACGUCAUACGGCAAGCUCCCGCCAUCUCCAUAUGUAUUCCGACUGCCAGGCCAUUCCUUGAGAUGGAUCCUUACCUUUGUAUACAUUGUACUUGCCAUUGCCAUGAUUGGGGAGGGAAUACUCACCAACAACAGCUACAUCUCCUAUGAGUUGUCAGGACAACCGCAUCUCUACGUACCCGGUAUAUUUACGAUUGUUGCGGUAGUUUCAUCAUUGGUGUACUAUCACAUGAUGGAGAAGUGGAGGGCUAGGUCAAUGAUUUGGUUUCUCCUGGUGUACUGGAUGUGGUCGAUCAUUAUUUUUGUCAUGAGAUUAGUACAACUCAGCCUUGAAGGUCUCAACGACUGGCAGAUCUGUGUCUACGACAUCACCCUAGUUGUGGUUGUUCUUAUAGGAGCUCUGUUUUUAAAUGAACUCAUACUCUUAUACAGCUUGGCCUGUCAUGGAUGUGGUGAUCCCCUGAACGCUCCCAAACACAAGGACACCCAGACGGCAUUCAUGAAAUAUCGCCAUGACUAUUCAACACUCCUGUCGUCCGUAACCUUUUGGUGGAUGAAUUGGUUGUUCAUCUUAGGUUACAAGAAGACUAUCGAGCCUACCGACCUUGGCAACAUCCCAGAGGUCCACACGUCAGAAUACAACCAUUAUCUUUUCAAGAAAAACUUUGAGAAAGAAAAGGAACGGGCAGCGAGAAGCGGGAGAGAAAUCAGUCUAUAUCGAGUUUACUUGGAUACGUAUUCAUUUAAGAUGCUGACUGGAGGACUGUUCAAACUUGCUGCAGACUGCUCUAAUUAUGUAGGACCAUUGUGUAUCAGUGCUAUUAUCAUCUACGCAACCACCAAGAUUAAUGGGACACCCGAAGACGAUAAGGCUUUGCCCUCUUAUACAACCGUUGGUGAAUUUUUCUCCAAUGGGUAUGUCUUGGUAGGAUGUAUUUUCAUUUCCGCCGUGAUGAAAGGAAUGUUCGAUCAGUGUUACCAGUAUCUAUGUUUCAUGGAAGGUCUUCAUGUAAAGUCCGCUAUUCAGAGUAUGGUGUAUGAAAAGUCCCUUCGCCUGUCGACGUAUGCGAUGUCGGGUGGGAUGAUGACCAUGGGGCAGGUCACCAAUCACAUGUCACUCGAUGCCACCAAUGUCCAACAAUUCUUCAACUGGGCUAAUGAGUUAUGGACAAUCCCAAUAAAGUUCGCUGUAACCUUGUAUCUUCUGUAUCUUGAGCUUGGAGUACCGUCAUUGAUUGGUGCUGCACUCCUUGUCUGUGUACUUCCGGUUCAACUAAUUUUUGCCGGCUUCACGUCCAAGUAUAUCAAGCAAGUCUUGCUCAACUCUGAUCAGCGAAUGAAAUACUCCAAUGAGAUGCUCCAGGGGAUCAAAAUUCUCAAGCUAUACGGAUGGGAACGCAUCUAUUGCAAACUGGUCCAAGCAGAAAGAGCCAGGGAGAUGAGGGAACUGGCCAAAGUGUACUUCAUCCAGGCAUGGAAUUUUGUCAUCAACAUUGGAAUUCCUACAAUGGUAAACCUUGUGUCUUUCAGUACUUACACAGCCUUGACUGGCGAGCCACUGAGCCCAGACAUCGCUUUCUCCUCCCUGUAUCUCUUCAAUUCUCUCAUCGACCCAAUGUUCAUUUUCCCUUACGUGAUCAGUCUUGGUGUCAACUCUCACAUCAGCACAAAAAGAAUCAAAUUCUUCCUGGUCGCGCCGGAGAUCGAGGGGAAAGCGUCGCUGGAACAAGACUCCGAUAGGCAGCACGAGGUUCUGUUUGAUUCUGGGUCCAAAAAAAGCAAUGGUUUCCUGUCGUCCGCAGAGGAGGAGUUAGAUUCCACCACGCCCACUCCUUUGAUUGAUGGGCGUGGCAAUAAGAAGAUGUACGGUUCCAUGGAUAAUUCUUUGUUACCCGCAAAGAAUGACCUUCCAAGUGAUGUUGCUAUUAGGAUAAAAGAUGGAUGUUUCACAUGGGACCCCGAAUCACACGAAGCCAUUUUAAAAGACAUCAAUGUUGACAUACCAGCAGGGAAAUUGACGAUCAUCGUGGGGACAGUUGGUAGUGGCAAAUCAUCCAUUUUGCAAGCAGUUCUCGGAGAGAUGACGACCCUACAAGGGCGAAUACAAAUAAGUAAAGAAUCCAAAGUGGCGUAUGGUCCUCAGAAGGCGUGGCUUGUCAACGCUUCUCUCAGAGAAAACAUCCUCUUUGGAGAGAGUUAUGAUCCAAUAAGAUACCGAAAGGUAGUUGAAGCAUGUGCAUUGUCUCCAGAUAUUGACAUGUUGCCGGCUGGUGAUAGAACAGAGAUUGGAGAGAAAGGACUCAAUUUGAGCGGUGGUCAGAAACAACGCGUCAGCGUAGCAAGGACUAUGUACUCGGGAAGAAAUAUUGUCAUACUGGACGACCCUUUGUCGGCACUAGAUAUGCAUGUUGGGAGUCAUCUCUUUGAACAUGGAAUCUUAAAGAUCUUAAAGAAACAAAAGAGGACUGUAAUACUCGUUACACAUCAGCUACAGUAUCUACCAGAGGCUGACAAGAUCAUCAUCAUGAAAAAUGGGUCAAUCUUUAGAGACGGUGAUCCGGAUGAGAUAGCCCGUGCUGACCCUAGUUUGAUGAGAGAUUGGCAACAAGCCAUCCAGCAGAUGAGCGAGUCAGAAGCCGAGUUAUCUGGGGGAGAGUCAGAGGCGCUCCUCGAAGAAAGGCGGAUACUCAAGAGGCAAAUAUCCCAUCUCUCCAGCAUGUCUACCAAGGAAGCCUCUUCAGCGCACGACGCCGAAGAUGAUGAGCGGGGACGUCUAAUUAUAACAGAGGAUCAAGAAAAGGGCUCCGUCUCUUAUGACAUCUAUCUCUACUACAUUAAAGCCAUCGGGUAUGGAGUAACACUGCUUGUAGCUCUUGGUGCAUUCGGUGGUGCAGGUGUAGAAAUAGGUACUAAUUUCUGGUUGGCUACAUGGUCAGAGGCGAGUCUGAACACCAAUGAUACGAAGGAAGCGAUUGAUGACGCUAACUACUACAUCAAAAUCUACGGUAUCUUGUCUGCUUUUAAUGUGCUCUUCAGAAUGAUGUACGUCGCCUUCAUCUGCUUUGGAAUGUACUUUGCCGCCAAAAAGCUCCACCAUCAGAUGCUUAUCAACAUAAUAUCAGUUCCACUUAGGUUCUUUGAUACGACGCCAACUGGGAGAAUUCUGAACCGUUUAUCAAGUGACACACAGCUAAUUGAUCAACGACUUGUGCAAUCGAUGCGUCUCUUUGUCAAUAUCUCCGUAGUGCUACUGUCAGCAUUCGUGAUCAUCAUCGCCGUCAACAUCUAUUUCAUAUUAUUCGUUAUUCCUAUCGUCAUCGUCUUCAUCAUUUUGAUGAUAUUCUAUGUAGUUACAACAAGGGAGCUUCAGCGAUGUGAGAGUGUCACGCGGUCACCAAUUUUCGCGCACUUCUCCGAGACACUGGGUGGAUUGCCUACACUUAGAGCCUUUAAGGAUGAAAAACGAUUCUUCCAAACAGCAUUGGAUCGCAUCCUAACCAACAACAGAGUAUUUACUUAUCUUAUAACAGCUCAAAGAUGGGUCGGAAUCAGACUAGACAUGUUGGGUGCAGUUGUGGUUCUCUUUUCAAGUUUGCUUUGUCUCCUUGGAGCUUUCUAUUUUGGCAUCGAUGUAAGCUUAAUGGGACUCGCAAUAUCAUACUCACUGGAGAUAUCACUUUUCAUGAACUUGUCUGUAAAAGCCGCAGCCGAAGUUGAGCUUCAGAUGAAUGCUGUAGAACGAGUAAAGUACUACGCGGAACUGUCGACCGAAGAUUACAGCGGUACUGAACCUCCCUCUACCUGGCCUGAUAAAGGUCUCAUUAAGAUGGAAAACAUUAGCGUUCGCUACGCUCAAGAUCUUGAUGCAGUCCUUACUGAUGUAAAUCUAACGAUACCAGAUCAAAAUAAGCUUGGUAUUUGUGGCAGGACUGGAAGUGGUAAAUCGUCUCUGACACUAGCACUCUUUCGUAUUAUUGACACUUUCAAAGGUCGUAUCAUCAUUGACGGGAUCGACAUCGCUACCGUUCCUCUUCUUACACUUCGUCAACGUAUCUCCAUCAUUCCUCAAGAUGCAUUCCUCUUCACUGGAACUAUCAGGAGCAACCUCGACCCCACGAAUGAUAAGUGUGAUGAGCAAUUAUGGAAGGCUCUAGAGAUUGCCCAACUAAAAGAUAUUGUUACACAACUUGGCAUGGGAUUAGAUUACCAGGUGACUGAAGGAGGUGAUAACUUCAGCGUUGGACAGCGUCAACUCUUUUGCCUCGCCAGAGCUUUCCUGAGAAAUUCUAAGAUUGUUGUAAUGGAUGAAGCUACGGCAUCGAUUGAUCAAGAAACAGAUUUGAUAUUGCAAGAUGUUGUGGCAGAUGUCUUUCAAGAUAGGACCGUCUUGACCAUUGCUCAUCGAGUAUCGACUAUCAUGAAUGCUGAUUCCAUAUUGACGCUGCAGGAUGGAAAGGUAAUCGAGUACGACUCACCAGGCAAACUUCUUGAAGAAGACACUGGCAUGUUUGCUUCUCUUGUCAAGGCUGGGAAGUAAUGAGAGUCUUGCACUAGGUGGAGCAACGUGAGGCGACUGGAGGCACCCCAUUCGACACCCGUUUGAAACAGAAGUGAAAUGAAGAUGGCAAAAAGAAUACAGUCUACAUAGAAAGACUGCUUUAUGACUGUUCACUAACUUGCAGUCUUUAGCCACUUUGAAACAUGAAUGUUGGGUGCCCCCCUUUCCCAUGGAAUUGCACAUUUUUAAAGCUAUGUUAAACCAGUAUGAAGUUAUUUACUAACGAAGGUUGCGAUUAAAAUUGAGACUCCAUGAUCAUUUAAGUCGAGAGUUAUUGUAUAGAAAUGGUGGAGCUGAAAAAUGAUUAGAACAGUUGUCAGAAAUGUCUGAAAUUUGGCUAGAUGAUGAUGAUGCACAACAUUUGCAUAGCGCCAUAUAUCUGUCAAAGACAUUCAAAGGCGCAUUGGAGGAGCCAG